GAGCCUAAUGCACACUGGACUUUAUCACACAGGCUGAGACGUAGGCAACUUUCUUUCCGGAGGUGGCAAAUUCAACAUUUAUAUUUAUGUAAAAUUAAAAUUAAAAUAGAUUUAUAAAGGGGAGUUGGCCAAAGUCUGGACUCAGAGACAGCGUGGAUACAGAGACACAUGACACAGAAUGGAGACCUUAAAUAAGAGUUUGGGGAAGGUUUCAUUAGGAGUGCUGCCAAAGUCUUCGAUAUUCACAUUUGUGCCAAUGGUGCAGAAAUUACCAAUCCAAAGAGUUAUUGGUGAAACUGCUGGAGAUCUGACAGCACCAACACAUAAGGAUUUCACUGUGUCCCAUGAGGAGGCAACUCGGAAGACCAUGUCAGACGGGGACAUUUUGAAAACAGAGAUAAUUUUUAUCAAGGACUCGGUGGAAGGAGGAGCAGGAAACACCAGCCAACCAGAGACAAAACUUCAACUGAAGCCACCCCUGCAUCAUGUGACACCCUGUCCUGUCAGCGGUCUGUCUGAAAAUACCCCCGUCCACCCCGUAGCUGCUGGGACAGCCUCUGUGGAAACUGAUAAACACGGAGGAAUUUUUCAGCAGCAGUGCCACGAUGCCGGAGGUGCUGAGGUUAGCUCAGGUUUAUUUGGAAACAGAUCAUCUGGGUCAGAAGACAGAUCAAGCCCUGUGCACCCUGCAGGAUUGUUUUCCACCCCGGCUUCUUCUCGAGAAUCCAUACAUUCAGACUGCAAGAGCUGGUCUGCCAUGCAGCUUUCCACUGCGGCGUCUCCUCUCUCUUUUAGUCACACACUCUCCCCCUGCUCCUCUGUCCUCUCUGGCAUUUUCUCCCCUGCUGUGGUGCGGGUCAAAAGGCACACUCUGGCUCCUGGCUCUAGUCUGCUUCACAUCCCCGAGACCUGUUUCUCAUCCUGUGAGAGCUUAUCUUCUCCCCUCUGCCCCCAGCCGUCACCUCCCAGGCACCGGCCUCCUCUUACCGGCCUCUCCCUCCUCACAGCCAUCCUGAGGAAAGGCCGUCUUCCCAUUCUGUCCCCGACUCUGCAGAGGCCGUACACCCCCUGCUGGCCUGUUAACCCUGUCACGCUGUCCUUUUGUAAGGCCUGCUCGGCAGCCUCCAGCGUGGCUUCCAUUCCUCUGGAGAUUUCCUCCAGGUUCUCUUCAUCUGCAUCUAUAGAUGGGCAGAAUCAGAGCCAUUUUCACAACGCCUCGCUGCACGUGCAGUUAACCAAGCUCAGCGGAUCAGGUAGUGAAACUGCCGAGAAAAUAAGCUCAGAAAUUCCCUAUGUCAGCGGGGGCAGGCGAGAUAUUCCACCGCUGCCUCAAAGCCCCUCCAAUGUAGACAAAAGCAUCACGCUGCCUCGAGCGCCACUGUCACUGCUUUGCUCAGCAGCAUCAAAUUUAAAAACGGCAGCUCCAGCCAGGCACCGAGAGCUACCAGACUCUGCCACUUCCAAAAAAGAGCAACACUCAACUACUUCAGCUUCCAAGUUAUUGUCCGCUGAGCUGGAAGGCAGCGGCACUCAGAGACAUCUGAAGGAACUCGCAUAUGAUAAUCGUUACGAACAAGAAGCGUCUCUGCCCAAAGAAUCCAUUCACCAGACAAAUCCGUCCCUCUAUAAACUUCAGUUGCUCUCUCAGAAAAUGAGAUCACUGCCUUCCUGUCCACCUACAUCAUGCUCGCCUGCUGUUACACCUUUCUCCGCACACACCGUCACAACACCACCCCCUUCCUGCCAAAACACAGCAGAAAGGUGUGAAUCAAAGAAGAUCCGCCCUGAUUCUGCAUGCAUCAGGACACCACAACACUUUCACCGCCUGACACCCUCCAGCUACACACAUGUUGUUUUUCCCGGGUGGCCGUCGCCCGGUAACUCUCCUUCUCCGGACUGCUUCACGCCUACACCCUCUCCUGCUCCACCAGUCCGAGACCUCACUCUGUCCCCGUCUCUGUCGCUGCGCUCCACGCCCUCACCAAGGCCGGGGAGUGGAAUAUCAGACUGCGGUGACAGGGAGGGUAAAAAAAGAAAGACACACAAGAAUAGGUUAAACUACAAAUCACUUGCCGCAAUUCCCACGAACACACUUCUGUUGGAUCAGCAGGAAAUAGACAAGCAAGUAGAGAGACAGAAAAGUCCAUGCACCGCAUUGGACGGCUGUACUCCAGAAACCCAUGCUGAGAUGUGCUCACCUGCUCAGCUCAGGCAACAGUCAGAGGAACUUUAUGCCGCUAUUGAUGAGAUACUGGGGGACUGCUUUCCAGAAAGCAAAACCCAGUCGCCGCAGACAUCGAGAGCAUCAAGUGCCAACAGCAGUGUGCAGAAGACGUCAUUUCCAAGAAAACUGGGACGUGAAACUAAAUAUACGCUCAUUGAAUCCACAUUCCGACGUCACAAUGACAGCAUAGCAACAAUAUUGCCAAUUUUCUUCUUUCGUCAGGCAUCUUUGUCCAGCUUGCAUUCAUCUGCCUUUGGUGAAAGAAAGACGAAGCCGGGAGUUAUUCGUCCAAUGACGGCUAUUCCAAGACUGACAGUGGAAGAUGAAGAAUCUUAUCUGAACCCCUUCAGGCAGCACAUCAACAAGCAAAACGUAACUGACAAGAAGGUAGAAAAUCUUGUGGAGGCAGGGAGAGAUUUUUCUUUGAAAAGCAACACAAGAGCCCUGCAAGACAAGAGCCCUGAAAGAAGAACUAUGUUUUCUGGAAGUGACCUUCAGAUUACAGAGUCUGGAGACCAGCUCACUCCCCCGGGGAAAAAUGGAUCCCAGCAAGUUGUUUCAACAUCUGCCAGUCAUACUGAAAGAUGAAUGGAAGGUUUAGAAUGUAUUCUAUUUAACACGAAAGGCAUGAAUUUAACAUAAUUAACCUUAUGUUAAAUAUUCAGAUUUGAAGAUUGAUGCACAGAUAAACACUAACAACAUUUUUUUUUCUUGAUUUACACAAUUCAUUAUUACACAGAGAAAUCUACGAGGAGUUUGAGUAAUGUGUAUGUGUAGAAACAGCUUAAACACUUGACAACACAAAACAUUUCAGGACUGUUUUGAUGUAAAUACAUUUUGUUUUCAAUGAAACAGAAAGAAAACUACACUUAUCAAAGUGCACUACCAGUAUGCAAAGUGCAAUAUAUCUCAGUGAAAGCAGCACUCAUUUCUUCAUCUUUGAUUCAACAAAUAAAAAAGUGAUAUCUAUUAUAACACAUUAAUAUACUAUAUAGAAAAUUCUGUAUAGAAUUCUGUACAAAAGAGAAAUAUUUAUCUUGGUUUUCAUAUAUAUAUAUAUAUAUAUAUAUAUAUAUAUAUAUAUGGAGCAUAAUGACAUGAAGAUCUUCUUGAUAACAUUUAAGUAUUUCAAGAUAAAAACUGGCCUUGGAAAGUUGUGGUCAGAGUUCAGAUGCAUCACAGAGAAUAAAGAAGAUAUUUUCAUUUCCAACACAGUGGACGAUUGAUUUCAAUAUACAAGUGACAAAAGCUUACAGAGCAGUCUCCCCAGCUUUAACUCGUUACUGACACCAGCCCUGUGGCCACU